GAAUUUAGUUCAGGCCUCGAUGAGCUCGAAUUAAGUUGGUCUUUGCAUGUCUCGAAGCUCAACACGAAAUGAUAAGGAAGUGAACUUGGAGAAACUCUUCAUGAACCAAGUCAAACGUAUCAUCAUUUGACAGUUUGUGAACCAUACACUAAUCCACUUAGGGUUCGUUGGCAGGACAGUCACAAUUUCGGUAUAUACCGAAAACCAGACAACAUUUUCAACGCGCCCCGAGGCAGAACCCACCAAAAGCCGGUUUUGGUGGCAAGUUACGUGUUCUGGUGAAGCAUUACAUUGCACUUGAACUUGUGUAAGUUCAAUCUCAUUAGAAGUGCUCUCAUUGACGAACGUUUGGAUUGCUGCUACCCCCACAAUAUUGGGUUGGCAAUUACCUCCUUUGUACUGGUUAGACCAAGUCGGUAAAAACCAGACAGUUAGAUGUCUCCAUUUUUAGAGCAAUGACUAGCAAGAGCCUUAGCUUGUCUCUUCUCUGCAUGAUUCCAUUCCUGGGGAUCACUCAGCCCGCCAUCAUCACCGCCCCGUCCGCCCAAGAGUACUUGGGCCAAUUCCAAUACUUCCGCACGUGGACAGACAAAAGAAGACUGAUCGUUGUUCAUGGGAAAGAUGCGGACAUGGAUCGAAUGCUUCAAGAUGCCAUUUAUCAGUACAGAUGUGAUCUGGCCACAAGGAACAUCAAUAUUGUUACGUUGGGAGAAACCAAGGGUCUGGAGACCAUUUUUUACCAUUCCGAAGACAACCGCCGAGACUUUGUUCAGACCAAUGAUUUGGAACCACGCCUGAGACGGGAUCUCCUCUCCUAUUUUCACACCCUGUAUCGGGAUCUUCCCCUCCACAACCAUUGGUGUCUCUUGAUCGGCUAUGACGGUGGUCGGAAGCGAAUGUACCGCAAAGUCAAGUUUGUGUCCAUUUUCGAUAAAAUUGACAGCAUGCCCAUGCGUCAGAGGGAAAUGGAACAACAGAGGAAGAAGAUGAUCACUUGUAAUGGAAUCUAGACAAUAAAUGAAUCCCCAAAGUACUACA